AUGACGAGCGUGUUCCUCUACGUUCCCAAUCUGAUCGGGUACCUGCGCAUGGCCAUCGUGGCGUACGCCUGGCUCCUGGUCAACGACGACCGCUGGUUCGCGCUGCUGUUCUUCGUCUCCGUGCUCUUAGACGGCGUGGACGGCUGGGCAGCUCGCCUGCUGGGUCAGGCUUCGGCGUUCGGCACUCUCCUCGACGUCAGCGUCGACCUCGGCGCCCGGGCCAUGCUGUGGAGCCUCGUGUGGCCGCGGUUCGGAGGUUUCAUCUCGUCCAUUGAAUGGCUGGGCUUGCUGUGCAACUACCGAGAAGCCGGCACUGACUGGAAGAAAGACGCCCGCCACCAUCCGCGCUGGAUCCGCGCUAUCUACGCCAAUGGAUUCAAGAAUCCGUGGGGAGCCGUUCUUGUGACGGGAGCGCACUUCCUCCCACUGGCGAUAUUCGUGUACGAACGAGGAAUCUGGACUUCGCCGUGCUUUCCUUACGUAAUUGCGUUCCUGUGGUUUGGCAAGGGAAUCUGUUUUGCGACAGAAGGUUACUUCGUCUGGUACCACGUAAAGAAGCUGAACGCGUCUUGAAGGGCGACGAAUUUCAACUAUCCGCUAACUUCACGAUAAUUGACGACGUAAUUGCAACAAGAAAAAGGAUAUGCUUUGUAGCUUGCUGGAAACUCGCGUUAAGUUAUUAAUAGCAAAAGUAGGCGCGGAGAUCACUAGAUCGGUAAUUUAAUGCUUGUGUGCGGUCGUUUAAACAAUGACACAGAUUGCUAGCGAGGGUCGCCUUGAGGGAAUGUAUGUCCUAUAUGCUUCCACGGAGGCGUCCGUUACGGAGGAGUAAAAAAGGCACUCGACCCCCUCCCCCUUCCCUUCUCCUCUUUCCUCUCACCC